AUGUAUCCAUGUUCCACACUUCAUUUGAUUACUGUAGCCAUUCACCAGUUACCACUGUGUGACUUUUUUGGCAAUGUUUUAGUGGAAUCUAGUAUUUCUUUGAACAGCAUAAUCAUUCAUGGACACAAUGAAGAAUUCAAUUUGCUGAGUGCAGUUUCUUUGAGGUCAAUGGCGGCAUUUCUUCCUAUAUUUGAUCAAUUCCUUAUUAUAAUUCAGGAGAAAGAUGCAUUUACUCGAGCAAAUUUGAAUGCCAUUGCUGAAAAACUGACCUUCGGUGACCCAAACAAGGCAACCUGGACUCCUUUGUCUGUGAUCUUUAAGCCUCAUCAUAAUUCUCUAACAGGAAAUUAUGAUAUUAAUGUAUUAAUUGCCGCUCUUGAAGAAAGAGGGAAAAGAGUAAUGUGGCAUGAUCGCCGAAAUGGGACAUCUUCAAUUGAUCUAGAUGGGUUGAGAAAUGAAUUGUUCGGUAUUAUAGUUAAUGUUCCAGUAAGAAGGUAUGCUGGCCUAUGGAAAAGUAGGCAUUGGGUUGCAUUGAGAAGGAUUGAAGGAGUCUGGUACAAUUUGGAUAGUGAUUUUCCUACUCCUUAUUGUUUUAAAAAUACUGAAGAAAUUAGGGAGUUCUUGGACAGUGUAAUGUCCACUGGAGCUGAGGUUUUGCUUAUCAUGAAUGAUAAAGAAUAAGUUUCAUUUUACUUUUAUUUUUAUGCCACAAGUGUAACUUUAACCUGCAUUUUGUACUAGCCAGUGUGAUUGAACUGUAGAAUUAUGAGAAAUGUUGUGUGAAUAUAAUUUUUCAUAGAAUUUAGGGCAUAUUGUCUUCUAAUAUAUCAAUGUGGACAUGAUGCAACUUGAAAGAUUUUCAUAAAGCA